UUUUUUUAACAGUAGUUAACAGUGCUCAUCAGAUAAAAGAUGCAAGUUCAAAGAUUUCUAUCAAAAUGUAUAAUGACGAGCAUUAAAAAAUUAUUGUUGCUCUCAAGCGAAGUAAAGAUGAAAGAUUUGUAAAGUUGCUAAACAAUUGAAAAGGACAUUAUAAUGCUUAAAUACGUGUAUAGUUUUUAAGACUAUUUUAACAUAAUUAAAAUGAUUGUUUACAACAAAUUUUGAUUUUCUCUACUGUUUGAUAAUUUAAUUGGUUUAAUAAUUAGCGUUAUAGAAUAGUUUUUGUUUAUCAGCGUCAAAUUUUGUUACAACUUAUUUCGAUGUUAAAUUUUAAUGAACUAAUGUUCAUUAAAAUUUAAUAUCAAAACAUGAACUUUAGAAAUAGUUGCGCCUUAUUUAAAGUAAUAGUUAAAAAUAAUAGAUGGAUUUUGCUAUUGUGCAUUUUCAAACCGAAAAUUCUGUUGCUGUUGUGCCAUCAAUUUGGGUUGCAGGAGAAUCCAACUUAUGUUACUGGCCAUCUUAUCGUGCAUCUAGAUUAGAAACAGCAGUCAAAGAAAGAGAAAAAUCAACAGUUGACUGGGAGUGCAUUAAUAAUGUGCGCGUGUUGCAUUUUUAUGAUAAUUACCACAAAGCAAGGCUUAAUUUAUCUAAAGCAGAGCAUGACACAUCUGCAUUAGAAUCUGAAAAUGAAAUUUUUGGAAAUUUAAAGAGAAUAAAAAUUGUGUCUGACAUUAGUUAGGAUGACGAUAAUUUGAGUGACACAAAUAGUUCAUUUUUAUCAGCUGCAACACCUUUCCGAAGUUCUGGUACUAAUAAAGUACCACACGGUAAGAUUUAGCUAACUUUUUCAUAAAAAUUACAGUUUAUGUAUGUCUUACAUAACAACAAAAUCUAGCUUGUUCUUUACCAAUUCUUUUAGAA